AUUAUUGAAAUCUCCCCUCUUUCUCUUUUUUCUUCUUUCUUCUUAAUAUAUAUCUCUUUCAUUUUUUCUAAUUAUAUUCUUUUUAAUCCACAAAGGCAAAGAAAGAAAAUCAGUUCGAUUCAAUGGCUUCUUCAAGUGGAAUUGGAAAUAAUGAUGAAUUGACUCCUUUACAAAAGCAUGUAAUGUUUUUUGAUAUUAACAAAGAUGGAAUUAUAUAUCCUUGGGAAACAUAUCAAGGUUUUAGAAAAUUGGGACGUAAUGUUUUUCGUUCACUUUUAGCUGCUGUUCUCAUCCAUAUUGUUACAAGUGGCAAGACUCGACCAGGUAAAUGGCCAUCUCCACUAUUGCCAAUUGUGAUUAAAAAUAUAAAAUUUGGCAAACAUGGCAGUGAUUCUGAUGCCUAUGAUUCUGAAGGAAGGUUUGUGCCAGAGAAAUUUGAGGAGAUUUUCAAGAAAUAUGCACAUAAAAAUUCCGAGUCUUUAACAUCAGAAGAAGUGAAUGAAUUGCUCAAGAAAAAUAGAGAACCUAAGGACUACUUUGGAUGGCUUAAUGCUAUGACAGAUUGGAGGCUCCUAUUUGAUGUGGGAAAAAACAAGGAUGGUAUAUUGACUAAAGAAGCAGUAAGAGAUGUUUAUGAUGGAACCCUUUUUGAACAAAAGGCAAGAGAAGUUGCUGCAGAGAAGUCAAAAGUGAAUUAACUAUAUUUAAAAAAAAGUUAAUUUUAUUUAUACUAUAAUUUUUUUUUUGUCUUGUUUGUUAUUUUGAUACUCUUUGUUGUACAAAAGUGAACAUUUUUAAAUGGACUAUUCACUACUAUUUUUAAUUUACAUA